AUGGCCGAAGUCAAUCCGUACGGUUACAAUCCCAAUGCAGCAGCUGCAAUGAUAUUUGUAGUCCUGUUCGCGAUCGCGACCCUCUGGCACGCAAUCAUUGUAUUUCGCCUUCGAGUGUGGUAUUUUACCGUACUGGUUCUGGGUGGCUGCCUGGAAAUUGCCGGUUACAUAUGCCGAUUUCUCGCCCAUGAUAAUGCGUCGAACCUGAUCCUAUUCGUCAUCCAGACCCUGACCAUCUUGGUCGCCCCAGCUCUGUUUGCCGCCUCAAUUUACAUGGUCCUUGGGCGUCUCAUUAUCUUGCUGCGCGCCGAGGCACACUCGCCGAUCCGACCAGCUUGGCUCACCAAGAUCUUUGUGGGCGGAGACGUCCUGUCCUUUCUCAUCCAAGUCAUCGGAUCAUCCAACCUGUCCAAGAACUUUUCCCUGGCCAAGACAAUAAUCCUACUCGGUCUGGCGAUCCAGAUCAUGUUCUUCGGCGUCUUCGUCAUUGUGGCCGUUGUCGUGGACCGCCGACUAUCACGAACUCCUACCCACACAGCCCAGCGCCUGGACGCAGAAAACACGAAGCUGGGAUGGCGAGGGGUUCUCCGCGUCAUUUACAUUGCGAGCGCCAUGAUCUUUGUGCGGUCCAUCUUCCGUCUCAUCGAGUUCUGCGGCGAUAGCAAUUCGCCCAUGAUGAAAACGGAAGCAUACCUUUACGUCUGUGACUCCACCUUGAUGUUUGGUGUGCUGGCGAUUUUGAUAUAUUACCACCCCGGUAACUAUAUCCCUAGUCGCAAGGCUUUUGAUCAGAUCUUGCAGUCGCGCGACGAAGAGCUCCUGUAG